AGCUUAUGUCAAAGCGGCCAAGUUUCUCUCCUUUUUGAUUGUCCCUUCCACAUUGAACGAACAGCCUCGUGUCGUGUUCUGAUCAAAAAAGAUGGCUCUUCGACCAGCAUACAAACCUAAGAUUGUCAAGAAGCGAACGAAGAAGUUCAUUCGCCACCAGUCGGACCGCUAUGAUAAACUUGCACCAAACUGGCGCAAGCCGAAAGGUAUUGACAAUCGAGUGCGUCGUCGCUUCAAGGGUCAAUAUCUGAUGCCAAACAUCGGUUAUGGAUCGAACAAACGCACCCGUCAUAUGCUGCCGAAUGGGUUCAAGAAAUUCCUGGUUCACAACGUGCGCGAGUUGGAAGUGUUGCUGAUGCAGAACCGUGUUUACAGUGCCGAAAUUGCGCACGGCGUGUCGUCCAAGAAGCGUAAACUGAUCGUCGAACGUGCGAAGCAGCUGGCCAUUGCCGUGACGAAUCCGAACGGCAGACUGCGGGCACAGGAAAUUGAGUAAGCGUGACUGGAUGAAGGAGUUAAAUGCAUACGCCAGAGCUUGUAUGAAAAUCAUCUUUAAAUAAAAAAUUAAGUUCUAGUUCCAAA